AUCUACUAUUAAAUAAAUAAAUUAGAAUUUCAAUUUUGAAAAUAUUCGUUUUUUCCAAGUUAGCGUUUAGCCGUGAAAUUGGGUGAAAACUUGGAGAUCACCUAUGAUUUCAAAGAUAAUUUUUAUACAGUUGUUGGUAAUGGAUAAUUCCAUUAUCGGCUUCAGAAUGAUUCAGACUUUUCUGAUAAAUAUUUUGCAAGUCUCACCAAAAGAAACUAUUCUCCGAUGGACAGUGUUGAUUCACAAGGAUGCCAACAAAAAUCAAAUAAUCAGUGUGACAUAGAAAAUAAACAAAAUACUUGUUUUGGUGCCAGCUGUGACCCUACUCUCCCAGUACAAGUACUGACUUUCAAUCAUUGUGGUCACCAUGUACAGAUAUUGAAACCAAUCCAAAAAUUGAAUUUAAAUGGACCAAACAGGUUACAUUACUUCUUUUGAAUUUACACAAGGAAAAAAAUAAACAAUUCCGAAAUUUGAAAAUGAAAAAUAAAGAUAUUUGGUCAAAAAUAUUAAAAGAAUUUCAAAACAGAGGAUACAUUGUCACAAUAGAUCUGUUAGACAGAAAAUUCAGGAAUAUAAAAAAACCUAGAAAGACAAUAAAGAUAAAAAAAAGACUACUACUGGGGAAUCAUCCAUAACAUGGGAAUAUUUUGAAAUUAUGGAUGAGAUCUUUUUCAAUGAUAAAACAAUGAACCUGACGUCCUCAAUAUCUUCAAUGGAACCAGUUUUAAAAAAUUCCAAAUUUAAUUUAAAUUUAUUACAAUCGUUAAAGUAUUGUACAAGAAGAAUCAGGAACCAAAAGUGGAGAAAAAAUCUGAAAAAGAACUGACAAAAGUCAUUAAGGCAAAAAGAGUCAAGCAUCUGUAUGAUCAUCGAAAAAAAAAUACAGAAAAUAGAAAAUCAAAGAUGAGAGGAGGUGCAAAAAUUGAGACUAGCAAAACAGAGAAACAAUGAUAUUCAAAAAGAAAGGAAUGAACUUUUAAGGCAAAUGAUGUCAAGAAAUUGAACUAGUAAGCGUUAGUUUCUUUUUCUAUUCUAAUUCUAUGAUGUAUGUAAAUUUUCAUGGAUUUGAGUUUAGGUGCCGUAGAAGUUUGUUAAUGUUAAUUUAUUAUUCCUAUUUUUUUCUGGCAAAAAUCUGUAAGUUUAAGUGUUGAAUACCUAGGUAUUAUAUAGUAUAUAGUAUAGUAUAUUUUUUUUUCAGUUCCUAUCUUCUGUGAUACCUGCAGGUUUGAGUUAAAGUUAUUUUAGUUUAUUUUUGUAA